UUGCAAACUCUGCACAAACUAAAUGUCCAUCGACGGAGGAAUGGAUAAAGAAGAUGUGGUACAUAUAUAAAUGGAAUAUUACUCAGCCAUAAAAAAGAAUGACAUAAGGCCAUUUGCAGCGACAUGGAUGGACCUCGAGAUUGUCAUACUGAGUGAAUUUAGCAAUGGAGUCUUUCUCUGCUGAGACCAAUUCAACUGACCUACCGUCACAGCCCUGGGAUGAACCCCAAGUAAUUCUCUCCAUGGUCAUUCUCAGUUUCACUUUCCUACUGGGAUUGCCAGGCAACGGGCUGGUGCUGUGGGUGGCUGGCCUAAAGAUGCAACGAAGUGUGAGCACAGUUUGGUUUCUCCAUCUCACCUUGGCUGACUUUCUCUGCUGCCUCUCCCUGCCCUUCUCCCUGGUUCACUUGGCUCUCCAAGGACACUGGCCCUACGGCUGGUUCCUUUGCAAGCUCAUCCCCGCCAUCAUUGUCCUCAACAUGUUUGCCAGCGUCUUCCUGCUGACCGCCAUUAGCCUGGACCGCUGUCUUUUGGUACUCAAGCCAAUCUGGUGCCAGAAUCAUCGCAAUGUGGGGACAGCCUUCACUAUCUGUGGAUGUAUCUGGGUGGUGGCUUUUGUAAUGUGCAUACCUGUGUUCAUAUACCGGGAAACGUUCACUAUAGACAACCAUAGUAUGUGUGGCUACAAUUUUGGUCUCUACAGAUCAUUAGAUUAUUCAGACUUCAACUUUGAUCUACUGGAAAAUGGGUCUCUUGACAACUCCAUUGUUGAGCUGCCUGAAGAAAUGGAUGAUGAUAGGUUAGAUUCUUUCUCUCAACAAACAAAUGAUUGUCCCUGGGCAGCCACCGCUGGCCUCCGUUCUCAAAUAUUUCAAAGAACUUCUGGACAUUCACUCCCUAUGGAUUCAGCUAGAUUAUCUGUUCAACAUCCAUAUUACAAUGUUUUUAAACCAGCUGAUGAGGUCUCAGCUACAACCCCCAGUGAUUUUCCCAUUGAAGAUCACAGAACUAACCCACUGGAGAACUCUGAUGCUUUUCUUCCUGCUGAUUUAGAGCUUUUCUCUAGUGCCUCCGGCAACUCCUCAUACACAUCGGAGCUAUUGGAAGAUUUCCAGGAUGAUGAUUCAGGCCAAUUUGCAUAUGGCCAUCAAGUGCCAACACCCCAGGUAGCAAUAACCAUCACUAGGCUCGUGCUGGGUUUCCUGUUGCCCUUUAUCCUCAUGGUGGCCUGUUACAGCCUCAUUAUCUUCCGAAUGCGUCGGAGCCGCUUCACCAAGUCUCGGAGCAAAACCUUGAGAGUGGCUAUGGUGGUGGUGGCUGUCUUCCUUGUCUGCUGGGCUCCGUACCACAUUGUUGGAGCCCUCUUACUGUUUAUUGACCCAGAAACUCCCUUUGGGGAAGCUCUGUUGUCCUGGGACCAUGUGUCUCUUGCUUUAGCAUCUGCCAAUAGUUGCUUCAAUCCCUUCCUCUAUGCCCUUCUGGGGAAAGAUUUUAGGAAAAAAGCAAGACAGUCCAUGCAGGGAAUUCUGGAGGCAGCUUUCAGUGAGGACUUGACACACUCUACUAGCUGCCCCCCAAACAAAGUCUCUUUGGAAAAAAACAGUAUCAGUACAGUUGUGUGAAAAUAGGGAGCAGUUGACCCAAGCAGAGGUUCUUAGGCAUUCACCCAGUGCAUCAUAUUUCUAAGAAGACGACAGAGAUGGGGAGCAGGGGAUUUCAGAAACUGUCAAAGAAUCAAUCCAGAGGGUCUUAAAGUGUGGUCCCAGACUAGUGGCAUCGGUAUCACCUGGAAAGUUGAUAGAAAUACAAAUUCUCCAGCCCCACCAGAGACUUGCUGAAUCAGUCUCUGGGGGUGGGGCUCAGACAGUGUUUUCACAAACUCCCUUGUUUCAGAUGAAUGCUAAAUUUGGGAAGCAUUGUAAAAAUUAGUCUAUUUCUAUCCCAAACAAAGCCACGUGAAAUAAAUGCGAAGGCAGUCUCCUUUAAAAUGUUUCCAUCAUUAAAUUUCUUUCUAAUUUCCUUCCAGAUUCAAGUUAAAACCAUUUCUUCUAGUCCUACCUGAGUGAAAGGUGAUCAUUUAUUCUAUGGUUUUGUUGUGGUGAUGGUGGUGGUGAUAGUUUUAAAUGAAAAAAAAAAGGUGCAAAGUCUAUAAAAACAAGGAGUUAUGAGUCUGAGUCUGGAGCAGAGUACAAUGCCAGAUGCCUGCAACUUGGAAUACUCCUGGAUACAGGACGUAGGAAUUCUGAGUUUUCAUUAUUACAACUAAUUAAGCAUCUAUUGUGUAAAGACAGACUACUUAGGUAUCUAAAGACUUUCUCAUGAAACAGUGUGUAAGCCGCAUUUCGGGGAGUUCUCUCUUCCCUCUGUUUGCUCUAUCUGCCUAUUGAUAGAAUCAUCUAUCUUUCAUUCCUUUUCUUAAGCUCCUUAAUUCCCUUAUUCCUCCCCUGCCUCUAAAUCUUCUUCCAGACUUUGCCUCUAAUAACCAAUAGUUUCAUAAGACGCAAAUUACUCCCCUCCCCUAGUUCCACAUUAGUACUUUCCAAGAAACUCAUUUCAAAUGAAAGGAGAAAGACGGUGGAGGAUAGGGCAGCUAUUCUUGAAUUCACUGCAAUAUAACUGAGUACCCUCUGGGCACGUUAUCCAACUUUAAAAGAAAACAUGACUGUAGGUGUGUAUCUUUCAUGCCAAAAUUACCAGAUAUAUCUUCGAGUUUUUUUUUAAUUAAAUCUUUCUUUACCAAAGUAAUACAUGCACAUAACUUAAAGAGAACCUAAGGCUUAUAAUGAAAUCUAACAGGUUUCCUGCCCCACUCUGCCCAGCCCCUCCUUCCUCCCACUCCCACUUCCCAGGGAUAACCUUUGAAACGAUUUUAGAUGUUUCCUCUGAUAUUCACCAUGAUAUUUCUAAGUCAUGACCUUAUGCUGCUAGUUUUUGUAG